UUCCUUUUCCUUCUUCUUCCUCCUCUUCUUCCUCUUGCUCAACUUGCAUGGAGUACGAUACAAGUUUUAAAGAGGAUUUUCCUUUCCUUUCUAGCCUUUUCUCGGAGAACAACUCAAGUUCUUCCUUCAAACCUGAUUUUAAUGGCUGUUUUCCUUUGCCUGAUGGUUCUUCUCCAUCAUCUUCCUCUUCUCCAUCAUCAUCAUCUUCCAAAGCUUUGGUCCACAACUUUAUUCUUAACCAAGACCAAGACACAACUCCAACUGGUAACAACAACACUGGUUCUCUCUUGAACAAUCAUCCUCACCAUUUCCAUCAGUUUCCCAUUGAUGGGUCCUCAAAGAAUCCUUUUUUUGAGGAUUCCACCACAUGCACCGACCCUUUUAUCGACCCUUACACCAAUGAUCUCAAUGCUUACAUCCCUUCCUUGUCUUUUACAGUACCCGAUCAUGGUACUUCUUUAAACAAUGGCCUUACUUUCCAAGCCUUUUCAACUGAAUCACCCUGCUGGGAUUUUUCUCAAAACAAAGCUUCAGCUCCAUCGGAAACCGGUGAACAUCAUCGGAGUUAUCAGCAGCAACAACUGGAGCCUAUGGAUUUUCAAGAUCAACCACCGACGCCUCCUCCACCACCACCACCUCCGGUGGCUACCAAAGUGGCUGAAGAUGCCUCAUGCAUUACCAAUCAAAAUGGGCGUAACAAUAAUAAUCAAGACAGGGAUGAUGAUGAUGAUGAUGAUGAUGAUGAUGAGAAGAACAACAACAACAGAAGGUUCCUCAAAGCCAAAAGAGUUAACCAAGCUACUAAGAAAACUAGUAUAAUCAAAGGUCAAUGGACUCCUCAAGAAGAUAGAGUGCUAAUGCAACUGGUGACAAGGCAUGGAACAAAGAAAUGGUCUCAAAUUGCUAAGAUGCUGAAUGGGAGAGUGGGAAAGCAGUGUAGAGAGAGAUGGCAUAACCACUUGAGGCCCGAUAUCAAGAAGGAUUCCUGGAGUGAAGAAGAAGACAUGAUACUGAUUGCAGCACACAAAGAAAUAGGAAACAAAUGGGCAGAGAUAGCCAAAAGACUCCCAGGGCGUACUGAGAACACUAUAAAGAACCAUUGGAAUGCUACCAAACGAAGGCAAUUCACAAGGCGCAGCAAAGCCAAAGAUGGCAACUCCAACCCUCCCAAAGGCUCCCUUCUCCAAAACUACAUCAAGUCCGUAAGCUCCCCGACGGAACUGACACCGGCGGCAGCCGCCUCCUCAUCGAGCCAACACGACAAUGAGUUCGAAAUGACUGAUGCUAGCCCACACAUGGUGCAACCCGAAACUUCGGGUUUGAACUCUACUGGUUGGAGCAUUGGAGCUUUAAACGAUCAUGUUCAACGUCAGCGUCAACAGCAGCAGGAAAUGAAUUACUGUUUUGAUGCUAAUGUUUAUAAUGAUAUGCAUCGUAAUCAAAGCUUUGGAUCGAUGCUUGAAGGAGAUGGCAAUGGCAAUGGCAGUGGCAUGGGCAAUUUUGAGCUUCCCUUGGAAAUGGAUUCGUUGAAGAAAGAGCUGGAUUUGCUGGAGAUGAUCUCUCAAGGAAAUCUCUAGUUCAUUAUAAUCAUAGCCUCCUCCCCCCCCCCCCCCACCCACCAUGACAUUAUCUAUUUAGGGUUUAAGAACUUUGGUUGUUUAAUGUUAAUUUAAGUUUCCCUUCCUUUUCUUUUAGUUUUAUGUUGUAAUGUUUGGGACAUAUAUGUAUCCUCAGCUUUACUAGGAACUUUCGACUGUUUUAA